AGAACGUAAAUUCAGUGCGUAACCUUGGGCCCCCGUUGAUAGCAAGGGAACGUCGCCUUUUCGGUGAUAACAGACUCUGGGCCUCCUCCAUGGUGCGCCAGAAGAUACAUGGAGUGAUACGUGACACAUAUUUAGAGAAUGGCGGCCCCACUGAAGCCCUGGGAGAGGAAUAUACCCGUUAACCAGAGGCAGCCAAGCUUCAACCCCGACCUGACUAAUUCAUUUGUCACAACACCUCCACACAUGAUCCAGAGUGGAGGGGGUGGAGGAGUCAGUGUCAGCAAUCUCUCCUCGAAUUACCAGCCUCCUCUCCCCCCCCGGCCCACAAGCUAUGGGACCAGCACUCCCGCCUAUCGAAACUACAACUCCUAUGGCACAUAUGGAGGCUUUGGAGGCUCCCCAUACUAUGGGGGAGGAAUGGGGGCAUUUGGGGGCUAUGGCGGGUAUGGGGGAUACAACCGAUUAGGAAUGGGAGGGGAGCUGAGUCCCGAUGAAAAUGGAUUUAUACAGGCUGCAGAGGAAAGUUCGAGACAAGCCUUCCAAAGUAUAGAAAGUAUUGUUCAUGCCUUUGGCUCAGUUAGUAUGAUGCUUGAGUCCACCUACCAUGCUGUUCACAGUUCUUUCCGAGCAGUGCUUGGAGUCGCAGAGCAUUUUUCCAGAAUGAAGUCCCACUUUGCUCAGAUUUUUUCAGCAUUAGCAGUAGUCAGAACUCUGCGAUGGCUGUAUAGAAAACUUUUAUAUAUUAUAGGGCUAAGAAGUCAGGACCCAAAUCUGGAGGCCAUUUGGCAUGCUGCGGGAAGUGCACCUCAAUCUCCUGCAGGGCCUCUCACUGAAGCAGACCUCAAAGCCUCUAGGUCUUCUUGGCCGAUUGUCAUGUUUUUGGCUGUGGUUUUCGGUGGCCCAUAUCUUAUCUGGCGCCUCUUGUCCUCACUGGCGCCAACUGUCAAGUCAAAGACUAAGACCUGGGUAACAGGGGAGGGAGAGCACUAUGCUGCUGUCGGUGCUUAUAAUUUUCAGGCUGGAAACCAAAAAGAACUUUCCUUCAGUGCUGGCCAAUAUUUGUUUUUAGCCCCCAAGAAUCAGCAGCCCAAUGUGCGGGGAUGGCUCUUAGCAUCUAACAAGAAAAAUACUGGUCUAGUCCCAGCCAAUUACAUCAAGAUUUUGGGUCUGCGACAGGGGUCACCUGCAGCCGAUAACAAUGUAUCUAAACAACAAGAUGGUUCAGGAACAGGCAUCACAAGUAAUAUGGGCAACAGGAGUAUAACUUCCGGGAUUUCCAGUGUGCCGCAUUCAGCACUUCCUGCUCUGUCCGAAGCUCAAAGCUCGUCAGAUGAAUAUCAUGUAAUGGAAAAUGGGAAGUUUCAAAAGUUGAGUACGAGUCAACCCACCCAGCAAACUGCUCCAGUACAUGAACUGUCAACACCAGCCCCUACUCAGCCUCUGGUUUCCCAAGAAAAUGAAAAAAGUGACAUACCAGGUCUACAUGACAGUGGUAAUUUUGCUCAGAAAAAUGCUAAUUAUACUGACAGUGCAGUGAAUGGGCUGCCGCAGGCAGAUAUGCCAGACUGUGAUGAGAACAAAAGUGUUGAUCUGCUUCCGACCACAAGUGCAGCUGAUGAUACCAAAGAUGAUAAUCAGAAACUACUUGAAAAUGAGACUUAAUAUGAUGGGAACUGUAAAAGGAUAACAUUUUAUGGCAUUAAAUGCUAAAUAAAGUAUGGCAGGUAUA